AUGGAGCACACCUCCGCAUCCCGGCUCCAAGCCCGAGCGGAACCAGCCAAGCACAAGCGGACGCGGUCCGGGUGCCUCAAUUGUAGACGCAAGAAGCGCAAAUGCGACGAGGGCCGACCGGCCUGUGGAACAUGUCGUCGGCGCAACGAGUCUUGCGAAUGGGGCCUCAAGAUUGCGUUUCGGGCUGAGCAUGCGCAAUGCUUGAAUGCGCGGCAUCCUUCGAUGCGCAAGAUGGCGCGGAGGAGACCGCCAAAGGAGUUUGAGAUCCUGGAUGUUACGGAUGAAGUCAUUCGGGACUAUAACGGCGCCGAGACAGAGGAGGAGGGAUUGGAUGAUAAUGGCUGUCGUACGCUGAGAGCUUCCGGUCGUUCAAAUCUCGUGGUUGAUGGGAGGAUAUCAGAAACUAGCACGACCACAACUGGCUAUACGCCUGUACAAAGACAUCCAGAAGUUGACAUCUCAUCUCCUGCAUCUCAGCGCCGAACCGAAAAUGCUGUCGCGGACCUUCUCUACUUCAGCCAAAACGGCCUAUCUAACCCCUCUGCUGAAAUCAAUCCUACUAUCCACGUAUCAAUGGACUCAGUCCCCAUUGAUAUAAUAACAGAGUAUCCGUAUAUAGACCACAUGCAGGCAUUCACGCCCGAGGGGAUAUCAGAAGACGGUAUUUUCCUGCCAGGCUCUGCGUACCACGAAUUGCAUUCCACACUACGCAAUCAUCUCAUCCAGGAGACACGGUCUGUCGCACCAACAAGAUCAACAACACCACAUAUUGAAGCCGACAGUGCACCGGGAGGAGUUAUCCUGGAAGAGACAGAGGUAGUGCCUCCAAUAAACGAUUUCCAGUCUUCGCAGACGCCCCUCCUCUCACAGCAAGAAGAGUGCUCUUUGUGGAAGAACUACUUUGACGAAAUCGCUCCAUGGCUCGAUAAGUUUGACCGCGACCGACAUUUCCAGCAGAUAAUCCCUACGAUGAGUAAAGAUAAUGACCAUCUACGAUACUCAAUGUUGGCUCUUUCAGCGCGACAGCUCGAACUCAAACACACGCUCCCAACCAGCCGUAGUCUUGCGCUGUACCAAGAGGCAAUACAUCUGCUUCUCCCUCACUUACCAACACGCGGAACAGCAGUAAUUGCCACGUGUGUUAUACUCUGCGUGCUGGAAAUGCUGAGCUGUUCGCCCAAGGCGUGGCAGCGACAUCUAGAUGGGUGCGCGAGUCUCAUGGAAGCUGUCGGCAUUAAUGGCUUCGUUGGAGGGACAGAGCAAGCCCUGUUCUGGUGCUUUGCACGUAUGGAUAUCUGCGGAGGUCUCAUAUCCUCUGUCAAGACGCUCAUCCCCAUCUCUCAUUGGGCGUCCAAGACGUUAUCGGUCGAGAACGAUGUUGAGCUGUUCAAGAGUGCUUUGACCUUUGAGCAUUGGGCCAAUUAUGCUGUAUACUUGACUGCUCAAGUUCUUGAUCUUUUAGCACCUUCUUCUUCCGAUCCUGCCCGCGAUGAAGCCAAAUUCCGAACCAAGUGGCUCAAACUGUGGAAGUACAUCAGCGAAUGGUACCAGGAGCGCCCAGCACCUUUACAUCCCAUUAUGACCAUUGCAUCAAGCGACACUUCACCUUUCCCUACGAUUCUCUACUCCAAUCCUGCCGCCAUGUCGGGGAACCAGUUGCACCACACAGCAUCGAUCCUCAUGCUACAGAACCAGCCAUCAACAGUACGACUGGGCCACGCGGCAAAGCCCAGGAGUAUUCUCUGGCACGCACGGCAAGUGUGCGGCAUAACUGCUUCGAAUGAGCAUCAUGGUGCAUGGACGAAUAGUGUUCAGCCGCUGUGGAUUGCCGGACGCUGCAUGAGCCAUCCGAGUGAGCAUAAAGCCAUAUUAGAAAUGCUGGAUCGUAUUCAGAGAGAAAGCGGAUGGAGAACCAAUUGGCGGGUUGAUGAUCUGAAAGAGUUCUACAAGUGCUCUUUAUCAACUGUAUAA